AUGGCUAUUCAGGAAGGAUUAAACCUAAUUAAAUGUGGGAAAAGUCCACCACGUGAAACAGAAAAACCCUCCAAUAGGUCGACUUGCAGUUUGUGGUUCUUUAUCAUUCGACUUGCAUUCUGUGCUUCUUCAUCACAGUGGACUAAUAAAGUCCGUCUUUUUCUUCACAGGCAAGUCAUAUCGAAAUACAAGCUUAAACUGAAAUAUGGAGGCUUCUUUCGGUUAGCUAGGAACUCAUGUAGGCAAGUAUAUUGUUUUGGAUCUACAAAAUCUCUCUAUAUAGACACAUGUUCGUACGGCUUAAAUCAUCUACUUGAAGAGGUGAAAAAACAUUAUCCAUCACAAAGCGAUAUUGUUUUGUCAAUAGUAUUUGUUGACAAACAUGCAAAAGAGCAAUGCUUUAUUGAACUUGAUAAUGAUGAGAGGUUCAUGGUGAUGCUUAGCAUGUAUAAUGAGGAGAAAGAAGUAACAAUUUAUGUGACAACCGAAAAAUUAAGGUAUAACUGUAAAUUGUUUAGUUGUCAAGAUCAAGUUAUUGAUGAAUCUGAUGAUGAAAAUGAGACAGACUCAAUUUGCCUAAGUCAAGAAAGUUAUCAUAGUCUUCAUAGUUCUGAUAAUGAAUAUGAGCUUCUAAAUUAUGGUGAAACUUAUGCAUAUAGUAAGAUAAAUCCAUUUAUGAAAGUGAAUUCUAAAUUCCCAAGUGCAGUUUCUUUUAGAAGAGCAUUAAACCAUUAUGCACUAACAAAUGAAUUUGAGUAUGUCAUUGAGAAAAGUGAUUUGACAAGACUUACAGCAUGUUGUGACGAUAAAAAGUGCAAAUGGAGAAUUCAUGCUUCUCUUACACAAGAUGGGGUUACGUUUGAAGUUAAGAAAUUUGUAGAUACUCAUUCUUGUACUCGAAGCAACAAGUGUGGUAACAAACAUGCCACUCAAGGGUGGAUUGCUGAUGUUGUAACCGACAAGUUGAAAUCUGAAGGCGAUGUCUCUCCUGCCGACCUGAAAAAGUGGCUUAUGCAUAGCUACAAUGUUGAAGUACCAUAUAUGAGAGUCUUUAGAGGAAGGGAGCAAGCUUAUACCGAUAUGUAUGGCAAGUGGGAUGACUCUUAUCUAAAUAUAUAUGAUUUCAAACAGGAAAUUGAAAAGAGAAACCCAGGAAGUAUCGUGGAGAUUGAUUUACAGACAGUGGGUGACAAAAAACAUUUCCUACGCUUUUUUAUAUCUUUAACAGCAUGUUACAAGGGUUUUCUUGCUGGUUGUCGUCCUUACAUUGGGCUUGAUGCUUGUCAUUUGAAAGGGAAAUUUAAUGGUGUGUUAGCCGCUGCCACAAGUAUAGAUGGUAACAAUGGUAUGUUUCCAGUAGCCUAUGGUGUGCUUGAGUCGGAGAAUACAAAAUCAUGGACUUGGUUUCUCAAGUCACUAGAAAAAGCGAUUGGUACACCUAAUGGUCUUGUUAUCUCCUCUGACAUGCAAAAAGGGUUAGAAGUAGCUAUUACACAGGUUUAUCCUGAUAUCGAGCAUCGAGAAUGCUUAAGACAUUUAUGUAGCAACUUCAAGAAACAUUAUCGAGGUGACUUUUUCAUGAGCAAGCUAUGGGAGGCUGCAAAUACCUACUCUGUUAGUAAGCAUGACAGAUUGUUAAAUGAAAUUGCUACUGUAAGUAAAGAUGCAAUUUUAUAUUUGAAUGAGAACCAUAAAAAGAUAUGGAGUAGAAGUAAGUUUGGCACACUUGUCAAGUGUGAUUACAUCACCAACAAUAUUUCAGAAACUUUUAACUCUUGGGUAGGUGACAUACGUUAUAAACCAGUGCUUGAUCUCCUUGAUGCAAUUAGGGAAAAGCUUAUGGAACGAUUUGACAAGAAAAGGAGUAAGGUGAAAAAAUGGAAAGGACCACUAGUUCCAAAAGCAAAGAACUAUCUCAAAACAAUCACUAAGAACUUGGGUGAAUUUCAAGUUUGUAGAAGCAGUGAUAAUAAAGCAGAAGUGAACUACAAAGGAAGUCGGUGGGAUGUUAUAUUGGAUGAGAAAAAAUGUAGUUGUAAAAAAUGGCAAGUUACAGGCCUUCCGUGUGUACAUGCAGCUGCUUUUAUUGCUUUCACAAGGGAGCCUAGUUGGGACAAAUAUGUUGAUACAUAUUUCACAGUCGACAAAUUUAAAGAAGCAUAUGCUUUAGAAAUUGGUCCGAUGCCCGGAAAAGAUCAAUGGGUGCAUAUAGAGACAGUCGAUAAGAUAUACCCACCUAUUAUAAAACGGCCGCCUGGACGACCUAAAAAGAAUAGAAUUGUACCACGUGACGAGCCCAAGAAACGACACAGAUGUCCACGUUGUGGUAUGUAUGGACACCAUCAAAGGACUUGCAAAAAUCCCGCCCAUCAAGGUUUUGAUGAAACAUCCACUAGCAAGAAGAAAGAACACAAAAGAUCAUGA